AUGAGUGCUCAUGAUGCAUCGUUAUCCUGUCCAGUUUGUUCACAUAAUGGUGUAUUUGAAUCAGUGCAGUCAUUAAGAGAUAGGCUAAUUCAUGUGUCAACAAAUAAAUUGCUGUGCCCAGUGUGUCAGGAAGAAGUGUUUGGUUUAGAUAAACUUACGAUACAUUUGUUUAGUCAUGUGAAAAUAUUGACAACAAAAGGAAAAGAAAAUGAUAAGUUAUUAGUUCCUGAUGAGAAACCUAGCCCUGAAAAGCAAGUAAUAACACAGCAGAAAAAAAUGAAAACGUCCGUAGUUAAAAAUAAAACACCGUCAUCUACAACAAAUGCUCCUGUUAAAUUUGUGAAAAUUUAUCCAAAACUGCCCGUGGUGUCUGUGAACACCGUUCCUGUUAUAGAUAUUUCUAGACGCACAGAUUCUGCUCAAGGUAGUGAACCAAUGUUUGUGAAAACUGAAACAGCACUCGUACAAACAAACACAACUUGUAACAUCUGUGGUCUACAAUUUAUUGACGCCAAUAUUUUAAGAAUGCAUAGAUGCUUAAUUCACAAUAUUGAUGAAAAUUCGAAUCAAACUUUUACUCGUUAUCACUGCCAUUUGUGCCCAAAAAAUUUCAAAAUGCGAGGAUCUUUAAUGGUACAUUUGAGGGUAGCACACUUCGGAUUUUUGUCGGGUAAUUCAAAUUCGGAUAAUACCAAAGAUAAAUGUUCGGAAGGAAAUUCAGAACAACCAGAUGAUAAAUUAUCAAAUUUGGAAAGGAAUGACAAUAAACAAUGGCAAUGUGAAGUAUGUCGCAAAUGUUUCACCACCAAAUAUUUCCUGAAGAAACAUAAACGUCUUCAUACAGGUGAAACUCCUUACGCUUGUGCACAAUGUAACAAAACGUUUACAUUUCAACAGUCGUACCAUAAACAUCUACUGUAUCACAACGAUGAGAAGCCUCACACAUGUACUUACUGCGGACGUGCUUUUAAAGAAUUAUCAACACUUCACAAUCAUCAACGUAUACAUACGGGUGAAAAACCUUUCUCUUGCGAAACUUGCGGAAAAUGUUUUCGACAAAGGGUUUCAUAUCUGGUUCACAGGCGUAUUCACACCGGUGUCAUGCCAUACAAAUGCACAGCUUGUCAAAAAAGUUUUCGAUACAAAGUAUCGCAAAGAACUCACAAGUGCCAAGCACAACCACCCGGAACAGUUGUGAGACAAGCAGGGGAAUUAGUUGAAAAACUUAAACAAAAACAUAUUGAACCGGAUGUUAAAAUAACCGAUAAGCAAGUUACUGCGAUUGAAAAUUUGACUUAUACUGAUGUUUCUGAAGCUAAUGCUGAAUUAGUUCGCACAGGAGCUAAAUUAUCUCUAGAAGACAUGGAAUCGGAGCAUUUUUCAAUAAUAGCUGAAAAUUUUAAUGAAAUAGGGGAAUGUAACAAAUCUCUAGGGUCAACUGUGCAGGAUACUUCAUUAUCAAAUAAAGGUGAUGAUGUUAUUUUUAACCAAAACAUUGAAGAAUUAAUAGAUUCUAUACCAAUAGAAGAUAAAAAUAUUCCAUCGCCUUCAGAAAUUUUGAAAAAUUUAUGUUUAUCAAAGGACGAUGACUAUAUUGGAAUUCUUCAAACUUCUAAUGACGAGAAAACUUACGAAAUUUGUAAAGACUUCAAUGUGUUUCUUUGA